UUGAGCCUCGGAGCUAAAAUGCUCCUGAGCUCCUUCCGAUUGGUUGAGAAGACCAAUUGAAGUUCCCUUGCCCAUGUUAGGAGGUGUACGCCUCCUGAACUAAAGAUAGAAACAGCUGGCCCUUCCAGGCAGCUAAAAGCCUCCAGACUAAGAGGUGUUCCCCACUCGGCAGCCAGACUCCUUGAAAUACCCUUUCAGUAAUUCUACCAACAUCCUCCAUGUCUCUACUCUGCCAUAACAAAGGCUGCGGGCAACACUUUGACCCCAAUGCGAACCUUCCUGAUUCCUGUUGCCAUCACCCUGGGGUCCCAAUCUUCCACGAUGCACUUAAGGGUUGGUCCUGCUGCCGGAAGCGAACUGUAGAUUUCUCUGAGUUCUUAAACAUCAAGGGCUGUACUGUGGGACCACACUGUGCUGAGAAGCUCCCUGAGGCCCCUCAACCUGAGGUGCCUGCCACAAGCAGUUCACUUCAGGAGCAAAAACCUCUGAAUACGAUCCCAAAGUCAGCAGAGACUUUGCGUCGGGAGAGGCCCAAGUCAGAGUUACCUCCAAAGCUGCUUCCACUAAAUAUAUCCCAAGCUCUGGAAAUGGCAUUGGAACAGAAGGAAUUAGACCAAGAACCUGGAGCAGGACUUGACAGUAGUCUGAUCCGGAUGGGUUCCAGCUGCCAGAAUCCAGGAUGUGAUGCUGUUUACCAAGGCCCUGAGAGUGAUGCUACUCCAUGUACCUACCACCCAGGAGCACCUCGAUUCCAUGAGGGGAUGAAGUCCUGGAGCUGUUGUGGCAUCCAGACCCUGGAUUUUGGGGCAUUCCUGGCACAGCCAGGAUGCAGAGUUGGUAGACAUGACUGGGGGAAGCAGCUGCCAGCAUCUUGCCGUCAUGAUUGGCACCAGACAGAUUCCGUAGUAGUGGUGACUGUGUAUGGCCACAUUCCACUUCCUGCGUUCAAUUGGGUGAAGGCCAGUCAAACUGAGCUUCAUGUCCACGUUGUCUUUGAUGGUAACCGUGUGUUCCAAGCACAGAUGAAGCUCUGGGGGGUCAUAAACGUGGAGCAGAGCUCUGUCUCCUUGAUGCCAUCUCGGGUUGAAAUCUCCUUGGUCAAGGCUGACCCAGGAUCCUGGGCCCAGCUGGAGCACCCCGAUGCGCUAACUGAGAAGGCUAAGGCAGGGACUGAGUUAGAGAUGGAUGAGGAAGAAUCUGAGGAUUCAGAUGAUGAUCUGAGCUGGACAGAGGAGGAGGAAGAGGAGGAAGCGAUGGGGGAAUAGUGACACCAGUCAAGUAUCUAGAUAGGACCUCAGUGGUUCCCUUAGAAUCUCAGAGACCAGGAUGUGGUUGGCCAUUUGCUGUUAAUGAGCAGCAGCAAGCUGAGGGAGGGGAGAACAAAAGUGUCCAAACCGUGCCUUUUUUUCCCCUAAAUAAAUCUUAUAUUCUGCAGUUUCA